CCCCUGUUCAACGCUUCUCCUUCUCUCUCUCUAUAUAUGAUGCCUGCUUAAUCAAAUCCCCCAAAAGUGCAUCAAAUCAACAAAAGCAUAUAUAACUUCUUUGCUUGUGCAAUUACACUGUCUACUGCACAAAAAUCUUGUUCUUCAAGUUGAAGGUGUUAAGGAGGAGUGCUAAGGGUAUGAAGUUCGGGUCAUGGCAGAGAAUUUCGAGGCAAAUUCGAGAGCAGCGGGCCAGGCUUUAUAUUAUAUGGAGAUGCAUUUUGAUGCUCCUAUGUUGGCAUGAAUAGCAGAGAAUUAUAGUUGUAAUCUUCCAAGAUGGAGGUACCUCAGAGUAAACUAAUUAUAUAUAUAUAUAU